AUGCUCCUUAACACCAUCUUUACGUUCCUUUGGGCAGCGGCCCUUGCCACUGCCUUUCCUUCCCUUUCCUUGUCCAAAUGGCAAUCAUCACGACGCAGUGUCGAGGUCGCGCAAGUUGAAGCUCGGACAACGCAGACCCAAUCCAGCCCUGCCAUUGUACCAGGAGGAGUUUGCGGCUGGGUGGCGGUGGAAGUGCCCGUGGAACAGCCAACUGAGCAGCACUCUGCACAAAACAAUGGAAAUAACCAACAACCUGAUCAGCACGUUGAACAAGAAUCCACUGGCCAGAAAGGCCACGAGUCUUCUGCGCCCAGUCAAACUCUGGCCCCAAGCGUACACUGGACCUGGGACACCAGCGCCUUGAAGAACGUCGAGCCUGUUGCUCCCAAAGAGGACUCCCCCAUGUACUACGGCGUGUCCGAUCCCACCAAGCAAGGCUACUUUGCCUUUUUGACCUAUCGCUUCACGUUGCCUUCUGUCAACCUGGACCACUCAAGCCAUGUCCAAGUCAAGUACACCGAGGACAGCAACAUGGUGGUCCAAUUCAAGACGCUUGAUGCGUUUGAGCGCGCCACGGAGAGCUGGGAAGCGGAUGCAGAUCUGCUGCUCAUCGCCACUGCGGACGGGUGUACCGGCCCUUCGGCAGAGGACCGCUGCUACUUCCGCGCGACCAGCUGGACAGUAGACAAGGAGGCCCGCGUUGUUGUCGCGACCGGUGCGACGGAGCAUCCUGAAAAUAUGAUGGACUCGGCCGAAACCGAAUGGGGUCUGUGGACACCGCACAACACACCCGGAGGCAACUCAACCAGCCCUGGUGGCAACUCUUUCAAUUUACAUACCAACUCCUCUGGAAAGGCACCUUCUGGCGCAUCACACGAUAGCCAUGGAUUGGCCGUGGCCUCGUUCGGCCCGUCCUUUGACAGUGCGCUCGAUGACGCAUCUGGAUACCACCAGCUCCGCCCCGGCCCCGAGGCUUUCCUCAACCGCAUCAUUGCCGAUGGCGAGGCCAUGGAGGCUGGGCAAAACUCCACGACCAGCAAGUGCGUCGAGCCCGCCUCGCCGGCGCUCCGUCGCCGACGGGUUCUACAAGCCCGCGGGUUCUGGUCCAACCUCUGGCACGGUUUCGUCGACGCCAUCAAGACGGCCUACAACACCGUUGCCGACGCGCUCUCCAUCCAGGGCGACUUCAAUGAGCCCGUCUCCUGGGACCUUCCGGGCCCCGACAUCCCGCGCGAGGUGUCGCCCUGGAGCGCCAACUCGAUUGCCCUGUUCAAGCACGAGUCCGUGUCCGACACGGGCGACUUUGCGGAGCACGUGCACAUCUACUGCGUCGACUGCGGCGUGUCGGGCCAGGCCGUCUUCUCGGGCAAGGCCAAGAUCACGCCCCUCAAGGGCAUCUUUGACGGCGAGGUGGCGCUGCGCACCAACAUGAAGAUGGUGCUCAAGGUCGGCGUCGACGCCUCGAUCCGCUACUCCAAGAACAUCCAGCAGGACCUGUUCUCGUUUGGCCUGCCCGGGCUGUCGUACGGCAUCGUGACCGUCGGCCCGUACAUUUCCGUCGCGGCCAGGGUCGGACUCGAGGCCGCCGCCAAGGGCCGGCUCCUGGUCGGCGGCGAGAUGGGCCUAACGCAGGCCGAGGCUGUGCUGUACCUGUUUGAGCCGAGCCGGAGCACCUCGGCCGGCUGGACCCCGUACUUUAAGCCCGUCUUGGAGGCCGAGGGCGAGAUCAUGCUGGCAGCGAGCGCGGCCCUGCCGAUCGGCAUCAAGGUCGGCCUCAAGAUCUCGUCGUUUGAGGCGGCGCUCGGCAUCAUGGAGGAGCCGACGAUUAGUGCAGUGGCGCAGGUGGCGGGCUCGGCGCACUACGACGAGGUGAAUGGCUUCCAGGGAGGGUUCAAGGAGGUUGACGGGUGCGCUGGCAUCAGCACUAGCCUGAGCUGGAGGAACAAGCUGUCUCUGGAUAUUGUCGGCAUCACGUCCCAAGUGCUUCACGAUACGGGACUGCAGCCCAUCGUCAAGGGUUGCUUGAAUCUCAAGAAGGGUACCGCGCCGAAAGCCAAUGCGGCUGCUAUUAUGCAGGUAGUGCAGAACAGCAGCGUCGCGGUUGAGCCUCACCACGCCAACACGACCUUGCCCAGCAGCUUAAACCUCAGCUCUACCGUCAACUCGCUCAGCAGCUCGACCAUCAGCUUGCCCAGCAGCCCAACCGUCAGCUCGACCACCACCUCACUCAUCACCUCGACUAUGAGCUUGCCCAGCAUCUCAGCCAGCAGUUUGCCCGAUAACUCCACCGUCAGCUUGCUCAGAAACUCAACCAUCACCUCGGUCAUCAGAUCAACCACCACCGGCUUGCCCUCCAGCUUGCCCACCAGCUCAUCUAUUAGCUCCCCAAACACCUCGGCGCUGAAUCUCAUCUCAGCAAUUGUCCCGGCAAUUAAAUUGCCAGUCAAGUCGCAGAGCGCCGUGCCAGACACCUCGAGCAGCUCGCCAGUGCCGUCGCCCACCAGCUCACCCACCAGCACCCCCUCAUCCGUGGAGAGCAACCACCCACAGUCAAACAGCUCUUGCGCUGGAGUCGACGAGACCGCCCCUCAGGUCUUCAAGGACGGACACCGCUUCGACUUGGCCCCUCUCCUCACCACCACCGGCACCAGCAUGGUGGCCUCGUGCAACGACGGCAACAUUUACGUCGCCGCGGCCAGCAACCAGACCAGCAAGACGUGCAACGGCAUGUGGCCCACGUCCAAGGAAGCCAUCAUUCCGUUUGACGGCAACCUGAACGUCAUGCACUACUACGCGGGCGCCAUGAAGGCCGUCGGCGUCUCGCGCCUGCGAUCCAGCCCGGCCUACAAGAUGCCCAACGACGCCGUCGUCGCCAUCCUGGUGCCGGCCCCGGCGGCUGACGGGUCCUUUUUCUACAUGGCGGCCGAUGCGAGCCAGCAAAUCUUUUAUCCCGUCGUGUGCGAGUUUGCCGGCGCCGCGGUACCGCGCGUCUUCCUGGCAAAGGAGCUGAGUGCAGGCAUCAGGAUGCUCGAGGGUGGGAGUGUCGCCGAGUCGAUCACAGGUGCCAAGGCGGAGAAGUGCUUCGGCCUGUCCCUGUCGCCUCAAUUUUAG